UUCUGAGCACGAUUUCAUGGAAACAAGAAAAUAUCAUAAUUUUGUUUCACAAAUGAUGGAUAAAACCUGUGACUGCGCCGCUCGGUGUGUGUGCUUCUGAAGCGUCGAGUUAAAUAGUUCAGACUAAGUGGCGCCUUUCUGCUGAAAACCUGCAACACUGGAAGAAUCAGCAUGACCGAGCAGAGGCUGAUGUUUAUAGAUAUUGAACCACUGUCAAACAGCUCCGCUCCUGUUGACGACACAGCUGAGAAGCCCCUCUGGACUCGCACCGACAACACCUUCAGAUUUAAUUUCCUCCCUGACAACUCUGCAGCACUUCAGAAGGAAACAUCUUCAUCAUCAUCAGACAGAGCCGAACCAGCAGCAAGUCGGAUAUCCUUCACAGGACAGAGCUCUGCUUUUGCCUUCAACUUUCAAAUUCCUUCAGUGUCACCUGUAGAAAAUAUGGACACGACAGAGUCCCCAGACACUUCUUCUCCAGGGAGCCAACAGUGCAUCCAAGAGGAAAAGCCAUCAUCAUCGCAGGAGGUUAACUCUACACCUGAACCAUCAACGCAGUCAAAAUCCAAGAAGAAGAAGAAGAAAUCUGGAAAGAAACCAGUAGAUAGCAGCACAGAGCCACAGCAGAAGCCCAGUUCAGCUGAGGGAAGUCAAGGGAGCGAGGACACAGAGCUGAGUGCAGAAGAGCAGCUGAACAGACAGCUGGACUGGUGCAUCGAGCAGCUGGAAUUAGGAAUGAGAUCCCAGAAGGGUACACCCAAACAGAAGGAGGAAGCCUCUCGUGCCUUAAAGACUCUCCGGAGCGCCAAAGCUCCUCUGGCCAAGAAGAGGCAGGUGAUGAGAGCCAUGAAUGGAGAUUACAGGAAAAAAAUGGAAGAAGAGAAGACCAAGCAGUUCAAACUCAUUCAGAGUGAAAUGGCAUCAGCGCAGGUCAAAGUCGUGUCAGAUGCUCCGAAGAAGUGUGUUUUCCAAAGGAGACCUGAAGUCAAAACCCAGACAGCAGCCACAGUGGAGAACCUGCAGGAACCUGAAGCCAAGGAUACAGCCUCUGCAUCACAGACUCAGGAGGAGACACCAGCGUUUGUCUUUACUCCAUCAAAGGAGGAGUUUCGCUUUAAUUUCCUCUGAUUUCCCCCCGUACAUUAUGUUGGACUGUGUCUGGGCAGUCUGGUCUGAGCUGUGUGCUGGACGUUCUUUGUGAUACAAACAAUAAAAAGCACAUGAAACAAGUGUCUGCAGUGAAGAUGAUGGGAGAAAACACUUACAGUCAUGUUGCUAAUUGGUCACAACUUGUAUCAUAUCUCUAAAUAAAGCAUUUUGUAUUUUUG